GGCAGUGGGGAAGUGCACUUUGUAUUGCACUCAAAAGGAUGAUAGAAUUUGCAUCCAAGAGGUGAAUUAAGGCCCAAAAUCCUUCUGCUGGCCAUAAAGCCUGGUCCUAAAUCUCAAGUUCUUCCGCUUCUCCCCCAGGGCCCAAGAUGGACACUCCUCUUGAAGAAGCCUUAGGACGGAUGGUUGAAACUUUCUAUAAGUAUUCUGCAAAGGAAGGGGACAAAUACAAGCUUAACAAACAGGAGAUGAAGGAACUGCUUCUCGAGGAGAUGCCCAACUUCGUCCAGGGGAAGAUCGACGAGCGUGGCUUUGAGGUCCUGAUGAAGAAACUCGACGAAAACGGAGACGAGGAGUUGGAUUUCCAGGAGUAUGCUGUUUUCUUGGCGCUGACCGCAUCUCUGUGCUACGAAUUCUUCCAGGAAUGUGCCGACGAGAGCAAUCGAAAGAGAUGAGGCUGAUGCUGUGGGGGCGGGGCGGGGCGGAUUUG